AUGAGUAACUCACGAUUUCGAGAACAGAGGCACCCGGGCGAUCAGGGUCGACUUGACGCUAAAGCGUCGGGUUCCGGUACGUUUGCAUCUUCAAUCAUGGACUGCGCGAAGGGGGGCGCAUCGAAGCUCACGGAACUGGGUAAAGGGGCAGCUUAUAUGGGGGGCCGCUUCGUUCGCGACGAAGGUCAGAAGACUCCCGCAGCUAUACCCGCGAGCAAAGUUGUCAAAACCCAUCUAGAAGAGACUUCUCUCGAUCUGUCAAGUUUGAAGGGGCUCGAAGUUGGUGAAGACGGAAAGAUAGUCGAUAAAACGGGACGACUGAUUGGUCAAGUCAUCGAAGGCGACCCGCAGGACCUUGUCGGUCAGAUUGUCGAUGGCGACGGGGAAAUACUGGAUGAAGACGGUGACCUCAUUGGGCGUGUUGAACUCGUCCCUCAGGAAGCCAGGCAGGAGCCGGGCGAUCGAGCAGUGACAACCGAAAGAAGCGAAGGGGCUAAGGGCAUGGUGGAAAGUGGCCCAAUACUCAAGGGCAGGAGAAUAAAUAAAGACGGCAAAAUCGUUGAUAAAGAUGGCCAAACGCUUGGCAAAGUCGUGGGCCAACAAGACCCAAGUACUCUUGCAGGAAAGCUAGUUAAUGAGAAGGGCCAAGUCUUGGAUGAUGACAAUACUGUCGUUGGAAAGGUUGAAAUCCUGUCCGGGCAAGGCGCUGAUACUGGUUUUCAAACGCCGCAGGAGGGAAACGACGAAGCAAUGAGUGGAGCUGUAGCAUCGACUGUCCAACAGUUACCUGACAUUGCCUCACUGGAGAGCCUGACUUGCGAUAAGCUUGGCAACAUUGUGAACGAAGCCGGGGUCACUGUUGGGCAGCUUAUUGAGGGCGAUGCCAAGAAACUUAGCCGAGAGGGUCUGAAGCUGGACAAUGAAGGUCAAUUCUGGGAUAACCGAGGGCAUCUGGUUGGCAGAGCAAAACCAGUUUCAGUGGAGCAAGAAGAAGAAGAGGUGGGUGUUUUUGCCGGUUUCGGGGAACUCUUCGUCGCCGACGACGGUUACAUUCAAGAUGUAGACGGAAACCGAUUCGGAAGAAUCGUUGACGGUGAUGUCGAGAAGCUUGUUGGACGUCCCGUGGAUGAUGACGGCGAUAUUCUGGAUAAAAGAGGCAACAUUCUCGGUCGAGCUGAGCCCUUACAGCCCUGGGAGAUGGGAUGGGGGAGCGAAGGCGAAGGAGAGGAGGAGGAGGAGGAAGAGGAGGAGGAGGAGCAAGAUUUGUCCAUUCUCGAUGGAAAGAUGGUGAACAAGCUAGGAAAUGUUGUUGAUGAUACAGGGGCAGUUUUCGGGCACAUUGUCGCAGGGAAGCUUAAAAGGAUGAUGGGUAAGAAGGUAGAUGCGAAAGGGAUGGUCUGGAACGACACUGGUGAGGUGAUUGGUAUGGCUGAGCUCGUUCCACGUGAAGAAGACGAACUGCAGGAAGGGCCCUUUUUCGGACUCAGUGGCCUUGUUGUGGCCAAAGGUGGUGUGGUUACCGAUAGUACUGGACAGGUCAUGGGGAAGUUAGUGGAAGGCGACGAGGAUCGACUUCUCGGACGGGCUGUCGAUGAAGACGGAGAGAUUAUGGACAAAUCGGGCAACGUUAUAGGUCGUGCAGAGCGCUGGACUCCGGAUGAACAGCCACAGCUGUCCCCCGAAGAACUUGAAAAGCAGCAGCAGGAGGCAGAAGAGCGAGCCCUGGCAAGGAAAAUGUGUACAAUUCUUCGGCAGACGCUCGACUAUGUUGGAUCGCAUUGCAGACAAAUCUCACAGCACAUUCAAACUGCCAAUAGCACCCCUAAGGAAGAGCUUGACGAGGAGCAACUCGUGAAGGACGUCAGGCCCUUAAUAGAAGAGGCGAGUGCUUCCCUGCAGGAAUGCAAGGGUGCUCUUCGGUCUCUCGAUCCGGAUGGCCAGAUUGCUGCCGCCGCCAAAGCCCACAGUUCUUCUCGCGAGGCAACUCCGGAAGAAUAUGAACUAGCAGACCUCCUCAAGGAACUGACAGAGACUGUCGUCGAGACUAUUGACAACGGAAAGAAGAUGAUAGCCGAUAUGCCUCACGCCAGAAGGCAGAUCAACCCUUUGUGGGCUCUGCUUUCCGAACCGCUGUUCCAGAUUAUUGCUGCAGUUGGCCUCCUUCUUAGCGGAGUGCUGGGCCUUGUUGGUAAGCUUCUGAACGGACUGGGUCUUGGGGGACUCCUGAAUAGUUUGCUGGGUGGACUUGGGAUUGACAGGCUCCUUGAGGGGCUUGGAUUGGGCAAAGUGACAGGCUCACUGGGGCUGGGUGGUAAGGAGUAG